AUGCAUGAUCCAACCAAAAAGGGCAAGAAAAAGAAACAAGACAAAGCAAAAUGCAACCCCACCAGGCACCACCCUGACUUCAAGAGUCACACGGUCAACAAGUUCUGGAAACUUCAUCCAGAGCUCCGGUCAGGUGUUGCUCCAGCAAUGGCUCAAGCCGCUGCAAAGGCCGCUGCAGCUCCCGCUACUCAGCUUGUUGAAGUUGAUUAUGGUCACAAAUUAAACGUGUCGCUGCUCCUGUCAGAAGCCACAAACAAACCUAUUUUUCUCAACUCAGGUGCCACCCACCACAUGAUCAACAAUCCAGAUGUAUUCCAACCCAUCUCUGUGUCAAACAUGAAGUUAUUGAACGGAGGACACAGCAACUUCCUCAACACAACAUCUGUUGGGACCGCUGAAUUCUAA